CAACGAGUUUGUCCGAAUGAAGGUGAUUGUGAAUAAAAGGAUUUUAGACCGUACGAGGCGCAUUUAGUAACUAAUCGUAUUUAAACGAGGGACAAUGUGUUCUCCAACAUCGCAAUUAACGUAGUGCAUAUUAUUUCGUGUGCAAAUACUGACGAACAGUAGUAUUUCAGAAGUAGUGUUAUUAGGUUUGCAGGUUAUGUCCGACUGACGACGGUGUCCAAACGAAAACAAUCACAUAAAAGAAUACUCGAGAAAUGGGGAAGUUCACAGUGAAUAAGAAACUGUGGCCCAUGAAGGGCCACUACUUCCUAUGGAAUGCAGGCACUGCACCCGUAACACCGUUCCUUUCGGUGUAUGCGAAGCAGUUGGGCUUUUCCGGAUUCGUCGUUGGUAUCAUAUACACAAUAAUGCCAAUAGCAGGGAUGUUUGCCAAACCCAUAAUGGGUGCCAUAGCGGAUAAGUAUCGAUGCCAAAAGAAAAUGUUCAUGACCAUGAUCGUGAUAACGGCGAUCGCCUUCACGUGCCUCCAAUACGUUCCUAAAAUAGAUGAUGGGCCUAAUUUUAAAGUCAGGUUGUACUGCGAAUACGGAGAGACAGCAUUCGAUACUUGCAUAGGCCCUAGCAACAUGACGAACGACCAAGCGUUAACAGCCAUAGUUAACGGAUUGCCAGGGAAGACCACCCAAUGCAGGAUGGCUUGUCCAUUGAAUACGAAGCAAUGGGACAUCGUCGCCGAUGGUUGGGGCGAGGAACAGUUUAAAGGCAGGGAAUCCGGCGUCUUCAAUUUCACCGCCCAUGCGCCUUUAGAAAAAGUGAUGCAAUUUAAUGCACCUUGCGUGUACUUCCGCAUCAUGAACGCGACCUUGCCCAGCGGAAGGGUGCAGCCUCCGAAGUGUUUGGGAGAUAACAUUAUUCGGACGAUCUGCGAUGUCUCGUGCGACAUGCACGAAGUCAACGCAUUGUUACCUAAACCCGUGCUCAGCGAUGAAAACGUUACAAGUUACUAUCAAUUUUGGUUGUUCUUAGGUCUCAUGAUAAUCGCGUGGAUUGGUCAGGCCGUUGUAGUGAGCGUAUCAGAUGCUAUAUGCUUUGAACUCUUGGCGGAUAAACCGAACAAGUAUGGGAUCCAGCGAUCAUUCGGUUCUUUGGGAUGGGGCGUCUUUUCCAUUAUAGCAGGUCUCGUCAUGGACGCGAUGAGUUCAGGGGAAGCAGAGAAAAAUUACACCGGAGUAUUUUACAUGAGUCUGGCCAUUCUUGUGUUAGAUUUACUGGUCGCAUCCAGGCUAAAUUAUGAUCAGAAAAAAAUGUCGGCCAGUAUUUUGAGGGACGUAACGCGGCUGUUGGCGAAUAUUAGGAUUUUCAUUUUCAUGUUAUGGUGCAUCUUCGUCGGCCUCUGCACGGGUCUCAUCUGGAAUUUCCUGUUCUGGCUGCUCGAGGAGUUGGCAGGAGACAACAAAGAAUGGAUGAAGACGCUCGAGGGUUUGGUUAUGGCCAUACAGUGUCUGGGUGGUGAGCUGCCGUUCUUCUUCCUCUCCGGAUGGAUCUGCAAGAAGUUGGGACACGUGCACUCGAUGACGCUAAUCCUUCUCGUCAUCGGCAUUCGGUACAUUCUGUAUUCUAUUCUGACCAAUCCGUGGUGGGUUUUGCCCAUCGAACUGCUGAAUGGAAUCACAUUCGGUCUAUUUUACGCGUGUAUGGCUUCGUACGCUAGUAUUGUCGCCCCGCCUGGAACCUCCACCACUGUUCAGGGUUUGGUCGGUGCCGCCUUCGAAGGAAUCGGCGUUUCGAUCGGAAGCUUCCUCGGUGGUUACUUCCACGAUAAGUACAGUGCUUCGAUAACAUUCCGCAUCUUCGGGAUAGCCUCGUUAAUCGCGUGCCUGCUGCACGCUUUAGUCCAAUAUAUCGUAAUGAGACGAAGCUCUAACAAAGAUUUCAGACAAUACUCUUCGUCCAGGGAAAACUUCGAGAUUUUCGCCGACGAGCAGCAGGAGUUGACGCUGGUGGAAGCCUACUGAGCGGCGCUGUCUAAACGUCCUUUGCAACAUUGUGAUAUUCCUUUAGGAUUAACAUUCACCGAUUUUGGAUACUAACGAAAUUCGCCUUUGGAUAAACUUUACGACAUUCCCCAAAAAAUAAUUUACCUUGCACGAAGUUAACUUCUAGUCACCUGUUGUCUCGCAUUUAAAAUAUAAAUCUCAAGAAUCGAGUUUACAGUGAAAUAUCUCUUUGGAUCGGACAUAAAUUUUAUGAAAAAUGAAAUAAAAGGGACCACAAACUGAACUCGUAAUUGAGAAUUAUCCGUGAGGGAAAAAGCUCACUCAAAUGAUGGAUAUGGCACCGAUUAAAUCGAUUCGAAAAGAUGAAAAUGCAGAGUGAGUAGUCAAUUAGAUUAAAAUUAGUGAUACAAAAUUAAAGGGCCUAAAUAAAGCAACUCAACGAGGAAGUCAUGGCAACGUAUUUUUUUAUAAUGCCCUAGGUUACCUGUAAAGUAAGAAAACGAAAAUCACUUUUAUUUCCUACAUACUUAUACAAUGGAUUUGUACAAAGUUUAGUUAAAAAAAUAAAAAAUAAUUUAAUGCAUGUCACUGGAGUAGAGGGUAGCUCACAUCACUUCACUAAUCGAUGCACCAGAACUAAAUGACUCCAUAGACUAAGCACGGCGCUUGUCUAGUGCUCUCUCCAUUUACGUUUAUCCGUCUUAUCGGGCUCGGAACUGUACUUAAAAUGCCGUCGUCGGCUCGAUUUUGAACUGUGUAUUCCAAAGCAUACAAGAAAUUACAAAAAA